GCCUGGGCCUGGACUCUGGGUACAGAAAAAACUCAGGCCUUGGUCCAGGCCCAGCUCGAUCUCUACUAGGAACGGGCCGAGGAUUAAGAAAAAAAUAAGGUCGGAGUUCAGAGCGGGUUUAAAAUUUUUUUGGAUCGAAUAGAAUAAAAGGUCAGGGUUUCCGGUAACCCUACCAAUUCCUGAUAUAGAUGAGAGAAGAGGUGAACAAUUUUUUAAUGAGGUCUGAUUAUUAUUUUUUUUGUUUUUUUUUGAAAAUUGUUUUUAGAAAAAAAAGAAAUUUCCUUUUGAAUUAAAAAAUAGGUAUAUUAUUUUUCAGAUAUUAAAUACCUUUUAAAAAUUUUUUUGUUUAACAAAUAAUUUUUUGAAAAUUUAGAUUCUUUAGCAAUAUGGCUGAACAACCAGCAAGAAUCAGAACAAUGGGGUUUUGUAACCGCCCGGGCUCGCCGGUACUUAAAUCAGUGCAUAAUCGAUUACAAGAAAUGCAUACAGAGAAUGGAAAGAUUCACCGAAUAAUCCCAAAGAGUCAGGCAAUAUGUUUACUCGCCCAUAUCGACUCUCCAAAUUGUAUUUGGUUCAAAAUGGUCAAUAAUAUAACAGAACAAAUGCAGUUACAUAAAUCUGCAUAUUUGGAACCUUUAAAUAAUUUAAAUGAAGUAAAAAGUUAUAUUUAUGUAAUGGCACCUAUAGAAGAGGGAGUUUAUGCUAGAGCUAGAAUUUUGCAUGUACAACCUGUUAAAUAUAAAGAAACCAGAUUUUCUUUUGUUUUUGCGCAUUUUAUUGAUGAAGGGUAUGGGGCUUGGAUGUUGGAGGAUUGCCUAGCAAAAAUGGAUCCACAAUUGCAAUGGCAUCCUUGGCAAGCAUUUCCCGUGUCUCUAUUUAAAUUUGAUUUACCAAAAAAUUUGGAGUCUUUUGAACGUUUAAAUUAUUGGCCAGAAGAGAUUAAUGACGAAUUAAUUAAAAUAAUGGGGGAAUAUGAACAAUUUAAAAUUGUACCUGUUCAAGGCAAAAUGACUAAUGAUUACUGUGAAUAUACGAGGGCAGAAAUAUAUGGAUUAAAUUCCGAAAGAGACAAUGAAAGAGGACAAGCAGAAUCUAUAGGGCAUCGUUUAGCUAUCGAAUUUCAACCUUUAGAAUUGCUUGAUAGAAAUAUGUUUCAUGUAAAUCAACAAAUAAUAUCUAAAAGGGAUGGAAUUAAGCCUUUAACAGUGGGUGAUGCAAUUUUAUUACUCCAACAAAUGCCAAAAUGGCGAAGGACAUUUCCUAAUGAUUUUUCAACUAUAAGAGAAGAAAUUAUUCCCGAAAAUGAAGAAGAGAGGGAAGGACAACUUCCUCCUCAUUGGCAAAAAAUUGCAGGGAAAUUACCCUUAGUGGAGGAUUUUACUUUUAAUUUAUUAAGAACACAUUAUUCUACAAAUGAAGGAAAACAAGUUGUGUGUAUUGAAUGGGAUUCUUUGAAAUCCCCUUAUGAAUUUUAUGCUUUUCCAUUGAAACAAACAUUACCAGAAGAAAAUAAAAAUAAAGAAGUACUAAUAGAGAAAAAUCCAAUAAGACGUCUCUACAAUUUACAAUCAGAAUUGGCUUUAGAAUUAAAUAAAUUUUAUGGGGACCCAAUAAAUAGGCGAAAAGUUGAUCCAAAUGAAGUUUUUACAAAUUUAGCUGUGGGGCCAUAUUUUGGAAUUUAUGAGACAAAUGAUGAAAUUAGAGAUAGAAAUUUUAGAAGAAUUCAAAUACUUGCAAUGAGAAAUAGGAGAGGGCCAGAAUGGACUAGUGAAUUUUGUAGAAUACGCUAUUUGGAUGUUGGGGGGACUGAAAUUGUGCCUUUUUGUUGUAUUUUGCGAAUACAUACAGAUCAUUGCAACAAGCCACCUCUAUGUAUUCAACUUUCUCUACAAACUAUUCAACCAGUAAAAACUAAAAAUUGGCAUUUGGAUGAAAUACGUUUCUUUAAAAGUCAGAUUCGUGUAGACAUUCCAGCAAUAUGCAAAUUGCGCUUACUCAAUCCUCACAAUGCUGUCACCGACUACAAUUCAUUGCCCCAAUCUUGGCCUGGCGUUUAUGGUGUUUACGAACUUAAUAUGGGUAAUGUCCAUUUGGAGGCUAAAAUGGUAGAGAAUGGAAGUGCUAUUUAUACAGAAGCAGUUAAUCGUAAUGGAAAUUGA